CCCAAGCUAACGAUACGUCACCCGCAAGCUCAACUUAGCAUCCAUCUCCCACCAGUGUUCUGAACUUCUGUGGUUUGUCACUACUCACUACACCCGUUCAUACCUCUCUUUCCACCUAGCUCGGGCAUCCGCUGCUGCAUACCCGGCUGCCUACUGAGCCACAAGCAACCACUCCCCUACCUACUACCCCACUUUCGAGGCUCUAUCGCUGCGCCUACCCGGUCGCCUCGUUUCACACCAAGCCAUGGCUUCCGACCUAGACCAGCUCAUUGAAAUGGGCUUCGAGAAGGAGAGAGCUCAGGUGGCUGUCACAAAGGGUGGUGGCCUCCAAGGUGCCCUGGAAUGGCUCGAGCAAAACCAAGACAAGUCCUUGGAGGAGAUCCAAGAGGCUGAAAGCGAGGAGGGCCCUGCGCUCCAACCGGGCGAGGAGGCCCGCAGCCUGGUCUGCAACGAGUGCGGAAAGAAGUUCCGGAGCCACGCGCAGGCCGAGUUCCACGCCUCCAAAUCGCAGCAUGUCGAUUUCUCGGAAUCCACGGAAGAUAUCGCGCCCUUGACGGAGGAAGAGAAGAAGAACCGACUGGAAGAGCUCCGGCAGAAACUAGCGGCUAAGCGCGCGGGGCAGUCGGAACAGGACAAGGUUGACAAGAAGAGAAAUGAGGAAAUCCGGAGAAAGAGCACCAAGGAGUCCCAGGACAUGAAGGAGGAGCUGCAGCGGAAGCAAAUGUUGAAGGAGGCGGAAAAGAAGAAGCAGGAGAAACUGGCAGACAUCGAGGCCAAGAAACGCGUGAAGGCGAGGAUCGAGGCGGAUAAGGAAGAGCGCCGCUUGAGGGCGGAGCGGGAGAAGGCCGAGCGUGCUGGCCUCGCUGCCCCCGCGCAACCAGCCCCUGCCUCAGCGCCCACCACCUCCGGCCCCGUGGCCUCCAAGCCCGCCUCGGCCUACACGGAAACCCGCUUGCGAUUCCAGACAUCCAAGGGGAAUGUCUUGAAGACACUCCCGGUGACCACCACGCUGUUCGAGGUCGCUGCGGCUCUGAAACAGGAGGACGGGGUAGAUGCGAAUAGCUUCGUGCAGAACUUCCCCCGGAAGGUGUUUGACGCUGAGUACUUUGGAGAGUCACUGAAGGACUUGGGCUUGAUCCCCAGUGCAAGUCUUAUUGUUCAGUGAUUGCUUUUACACAUCCCGCAUUUAAUGUUGACGGGUCAGAAGCCCCCGAUUAAUGAGAUCGAUUUAUCAUACCAGAAAUUUGUUAGUGACAAGAAUGAUCAGUUUCAUGAGAGGAAA